CUGUAUCACAAUUAAACACACCCAUAUUUUCUGUAGUAUAGUCAAAAACUAAGUAAAAUAACCAAAAAUUUCGAGCAAAAUAUCGAAUACACACAUUGAAACCAUCCACAUUGAAUCUAUCCAUCCUCACACAGAUACACAGACAGACAAAUUUUGGCUAGUCUAUCAAAAUAGAUUUAGAUAAAUAGGUAGAUAAAUCGACAACUAUGGUUGAGUAUACGCGUCAGCCGUGUCCUGUACGGAUUGUGGAGGAUUGCGGCUGUGCUUUCAUGAUGGGCUGCAUCGGUGGCUCCAUGUUUCAGUAUGCGCAGGGAUUUCGAAAUGCUCCAACGGGUGUCUGGCGCAGCCUUUACGGCGGUUUGGAUGCCGUCAAGAUGAAGACACCGGCCAUUGCCGGCAGCUUUGCUGUGUGGGGCGCCACCUUCAGCACAGUGGAUUGCACCAUGGUGCACUAUCGUCAGCGUGAGGAUUCGUGGAAUUCGAUUGUUAGUGGCGCCACCACUGGUGGCAUUCUUGCCGCACGCAACGGACUUAGAGCGAUGGCAAAUGGGGCAUUGGUCGGUGGUUUGGUGCUGGCCAUGAUUGAGGGCGCUGGCGUUGCGGUGGCAACCAUUUAUGCCGCAAGUGCAAAUAUGAGGCAACAACGGCCCCAAUGGGAUCGCAUCAAUCCCAUCCACCAGAUGGAGGCGGACCAACGACAACCAGGAAACGAUGCUUUGGCUGAAAUUGAGCGUGUGUUGGACAAAUGCAAUGCAUACAAAAGGAGAUCCACACAGCUUGCGGCGGCGCUGGGACAGCGGCCACAACAGCAUCAGUUCAUCAACAUGGAAACCAUGGAGUAUGCCAAGCAUCCACCUUCCUUGCUGGAGCUGGCCAAAAUCGCCAACAUUUUUAAGACCAACUGAGUUCAAAUUCUUUUAUUGUAUUUCGGCUCGCACUUUUUGUGUAUCGACCAAAAUUUAAUACAUGUGAUUUGGACGUUAACUAUAAGUAACAGCCAGUAUUUGAGUUAA